GUGGCCGCUCUGGAAGACAUGCUCCGAGAGCUGCAGAAGCAGGCGAGCAAGCCAGCCCCAGAACUGCUGAAUGAAUACUCUCGCAAAGUAGACUUCCUGAAGGGACUUUUAGAAGCUGAAAAAUUGCCUUCAUCAACUGAAAAGGCUCUGGCAAAUCAGUUCCUGGCCCCUGGGCGUACCCCUACAACCACCAAAGAGAGAACCCCAGCUACUAAAACAGUUCAUCUGCAGACAAAGGCUCGUUGCACAGGCAAGAUGAGGAGUGAGCUGCUUGGUACAGAUCCCCUGGCUGUCGAUGAUUCUGAUGAGUUGGGCAUAAGGAAGCGGAAAGGCCUCGUGUCUGAUGAGAAGCAGUCGGCCGUGGAGCUGGAUGCUGUGCUACAGCACCACCAGGGCAUGCAGGAGAAGCUGGCUGAAGAAAUGCUCAGUUUGGCUCGCAGUCUCAAAAACAACACUCUGGCUGCACAGAACGUGAUAAAACAAGAUAACCAGACACUAUCACACUCUCUCAGGAUGGCUGACCAGAACUUUGAGAAGCUGAAGGAUGAGUCUGACCGCCUUGAGCAGCACGCAAAGAAAUCUGUCAACUGGCUCUUAUGGAUCAUGUUAAUUGUCGUUUGUUUUAUAUUCAUCAGCAUGAUUCUCUUCAUCAGAAUUUUCCCCAAACUAAAAUGAUUAUUUUUGUUUAAAACUGCCAGAAGUACAGUUGGAAGGCUCAGCUGUAUGAUAACUGUCAGCA